CGGAAGUUGACUUGCGUGUCAAUAGCCUAUGCAUAAACCAACAUGGAGGAGAACAACAAAAGGGAAAAAAUAGCAGCUGCCAAGAAGAAACUGAAACAGUUUCAAAACUCUGGCAGAGCUCGCAGUGUGUCUCGGACAAGGGAGUCCUCCGACAGAGAAGUCCAGAGAGAGCCCUUUGAAAAAUUAAGUAGGACAUCAUCGCCUCAGCCUAUUUUACCUUCAAACACUAGCAGAAGACAAUCUGAUGACAUUAGUGCACAUCGGCUAGACAAUGAUAACAGGACCACAGCCUCAACAGAAAGUCUUCAACAGUUGUCUCGGCAGAUUAACGGCCUUCUGUCUGAGGCUAGAAACAAACCUCAUUCUACUUCUUUAGAAUCCGCAGUCAAUAUCAACUGGGAAGAGGCGGCCAAGAGUGGGUUACAGGAACUUGAGGAGAGGAAUCGAGAUCUUGCUGCCUUGUUGGAGAAACAUGCUCAGGCCAAUGAGCAGCUCAGCUCACAGAACCAACAACUUCGAGCACAUUCCAAAUCUCUACAAGAACAACUUGAAGCAGAAAGAAAUUCUUUCCAUGAAAAACAUAAAAAGGACAUAGGGUCAUUGAAAGAGCAACUACAAGUUCAUAUACAAACUAUUGGGAUACUAGUAGCUGAAAAAACAGAGUUACAAUCUCAGGUGAAUCAAGUUCAGAGAAUAGCUGAUCAGAGAAUAGAAGAAAUUGAAGAGCUGAGUGGUCGACUGAAGGCUUCCAGACAGCGUGUAUCAGACUUGGAGCGGACACUAUCAACAUCCUCUCAAUCCAGUCACCAAUUGGAAAAGACUGCUGCAGAAAGUGCUAAGGAAGUUGACCGACUCAAACUGGAACUUUUUAAAUCAAACAAACAAAGUGAAGAACUGAAACAACAGAUUUCUGAAUUAAAGCAACAACUCCAGACCAAGGUUUCAGAAAAUGGCUCACUGAAUCAUUCUGUUGAAGAUUUACAGAAAAGACUUGAAAUGGCAGAACUCUAUGCUCAGCAGUUGUCCAGUGAGACUGAGAACUCCCAAGGGAGUGUCGAAGUCCUCAACAACUUGCAGAAAGAACGAGAUUCUCUGUUGGAACGUCUCCAUCAGCAUGAAGACCUAACUCAGCAGCUGAAGCUCGAGAGAGAUCAAGUCACAGAACAGUAUCAGCGCUACACAGAACAACUUUGUCAUCAGGCACAACAGUUGACUCAACAGAUCACAGUGCUAACAGAAGAAAGAGAACAAUUACUGAAUACACAACACCAGUUAGAGGGAACUAUCACUGAACUGCAGAAAAAACUGGAAGACGUCAGUAUUCCCGCCGCCCCUCUAGUUACACAAACUGUACCCAAAGAACUAACAGAAGAGCUCGACAAACUCAGGUCUCAUGUCAGGGAGGCAACUGAUGCAUUAGAAUCUCAAGUCAGAGACAAUAUGCAGCUGAGCAGACUGCUAGAGGAGAAAGAAGACAAGAUCUCCUCACUUGAGAGAUCACUCGAAGAACUGGGGGAGCAAGCAGGAGACAAGGCUCAACUCUUGGAGUCGAUACAGAGUGACAAGACAGCACUGAGCCGAGCCAUGACCCAGAAUAAAGAGCUCAAGUCUCAGUUGGCCGAGCUUCAACAGGGAUUUGUUAAGAUGAGUCAGGACAACAUGGAGUUAGUGACCAAACUCCAGACAGAACAACAUUCUGUGAAUGAACUGUCUGCCAAACUAGCUCAGCAGGAGGAUGAGAUAACUCAGCUGCGAGCAACACUGAGUCACAAAGAACAAUCCAUUUCCGAGCUGUCCCAGGCCACACAGGCUGCAGAGAUAGAGAAAUAUCAACAGAGUCAGAUGUCUGACAGGUUACGGCAUUACGAGGCCCAGGCCCAGUUGGUGGAUACACUGCAGAAUGAACUGACCUCUGCCCAGGAUAUGAUGGAAGCACUGACCACUCAGAACAGUGAACUCAGAACAAUGUUAAUCAAGGCCACAGAGGUCAAGUCUGUAUCUAAUCUGAAACAGGAGAAUGGAGAGGAGUCUGCUGCUAAUCCUCGAGAUGAAAUUAUUCAGUCUCUCCAAGAUACAAUCAGACAGUUAGAGAAUGAGAGAGCCCAACUUUAUGACAGUCUGAAAGAACAAAGAGCUCUGUCUGACAAUCUGGGCAUCAAGAUAGCAGACUUGAAUGAGGAGCUCAUUAAGACCAGGACAGAUAACUUAGACAGUGACAAGAUCAGCAGGGGAGAGUACAAUGAGCUGAAGAAUGCCAUGGAGAUGAUACAGCAGAAGUACAUGCAUGUGAUGAAGGACAAGGCUGACCUGUCGGACAAAGCUGACCAGUUGGAACACUUAGUAUUACAAUUACAAGGGGAGACAGACACUAUAGGAGAGUAUAUUUCCCUGUAUCACCACCAGAGGGCUCUACUUCAGCAGAGAGAAUCCCAGAAAAAUGAUUACAUCUCACAGUUGGCAAGAGAUAGAGAACAGCUACAGGACAAGCUUGGUGAGUUGCAGGCUCUAGUAAUGCAGCUACUAGGGGAGAGAAACAUGCUGCACAGCUACAACCAGGAGACCAAACUCUCCCCCCAGAAACAGCAGCCACAGCACCAGCAGCCACAGAAACACCAGCAAGCCAUGAGUAAUGGAACUUUGAACUCUUACAACAAUGAUUGGCCAGACUACACCAGCUCAGAGAGUGAUACUGAGAGUGAGGUGGAGCCCAUUGUUGGUGGCCAACAAAGGGCAUCAACUCCAGACUCUGAACCAUCACAGUUGUCCUUGGGCUCUCCAGAAGAGUCAGCAUUACAUCCUGCACAUAGGUCUAAUGUCUACAAUGGACAUACUAGAGAGGAGACUGAUGGUGGCUACUCUCCUGAUGAUGAAGAUAAUGACAUGCACCAGGGCCAGCACCUUCAUCACCACCACCACCACAGUCACCAUCAUCACCAGCACACUCCCCCUUCCUUCAGGCUCCCACCUGAAGAGGACAAGACUGCCCACAAGAUCCUGACACUGCUGACAGAGUUGGGUCACUCCCACAUGGUGGAGCAGAUCCCGCUUAUAGACAGAAACUUUCUACCCUGCAAAUUUUGUAAAGGAGCCGUGCAGAUAGUGUAGCCUCUCUGACCCACAUGUUGGCUGAGUUAAAGCUCUUGACUCACGUGUUGGCUUGAGUUGCAUUGUUGCUUGGCGGAACCAUUUCUUCACAUCCUUUUAAAAGUCACUGGUGCUGGAACUGUGCCUGGACAUCAUAACUUAGACAAUCUAAUCUAUUGCGUCAUUAAAACUCACGUCGGAAUAACUGGUUGCUCAUUCUUACUGGAGCACAUUUGAAACCCAAAGUUUCAGGCCAUCUUUUAGUUUUUGUUUUUCUUAUUUGUUUCGUUGCCUAUUUAUUGGAGUUCACAGAUGAAAAGAUUUCAGUUUUUAUGAAUGAUUCAUUGUGCAAUUUAAAAAGGUUUGUUUUAUUUCUGAGUAUAAAUUUUUAAGAAUUUGACACUUGGAUUAUUAGAUCAAGAAAAACACAAAAAAACACAUAAUCUGUUAUACUGUUAUCUGGGGGGUAAAUGUAUACCUGUAGCUGAUUUGUUUAAGUCAGAGGCCUGGAUAAAUGAGUUACUUUUGUGUGAUUUAUCCUGGAGCUAUGCCAUUGAUCAAAUGCAUAGAAGAAAGUCUGAUCACAAAUAAAAACAUUUCUUGGUGACUAUUUCAAAGGAUAAAAAUUAAGGUCAUUUAUUUGAGAGAACUUGUGUUGUGUUGUAACAUUGAGUUUCAGGACAAAUUGUUACAUAAGCUUUAGAAAUUGUCUGGAGCUCUUUUUAAGUUAUUAUAAUUUAUUAUUGUCUUGAGUAAACUAAUCAGCUUUGGACGAGACUGUGAUUAGUGCUAAGAUUAUGGUAUAACCUUGACCUUAGUAGUUUUUGUUUUUUUAAGACAAUGCGUUUUUUUUCCUUUGUGCUUAUAGAAUGUGUCAGGUGACUUGAUCCACUUGUAGACCCAGCUAUUUAUAUUCUUACCUUUAUUGCGCUUCAUCACAGUACACAUUUUAUUUUUGUGUCACAUUAAUCUGAUGAAAGAUUUAUUUUUUUAAAUUUCACAGUUACUUUAAAACAAAGCUCAGAAAUGGAUUCACUAAUCUUCAUAACACUUGACACAUUCCUACUGCGGCACACCAGUAUUUAUUGAGUCUAGCAUUUGAGUUUUCAGAUAUCUCUGUUCUCCUUCAGUCAUCUCUAAACAAAGUUGUGAGGAGUUCUUGAGAAGAUUGCAGGAUUUGUAGACUUGUUUAUGUUAUCACCAUUGCUUCUAAGUUUGUGUGCUAACAAAGAAACUGACUGGUUAGGACAUUUAAAGUCACCCACAUUGUUUGUUUUUGUAUUUUUUAUUUUUUUUUUGGUAUCAGUUGGGCAUAGAUAUUCUUGGGUUUUUUAUAUUUUUAUUUAGAUAGAAGUUUUCUUGAGGACUUGUACUAGCUAAAUUUAGGCUUUGUUGGGUUGAAAUUCUCUAGCUCUUUAGUUUAUGAUUUAUCAUUGAUCUAAUUCAAACAGAAGUAGAUCACUUAAUAUUUAAACAAAAAACAUUCUAAAAGUAAAAAUGUGUAUAUUGUAAAAACAUUUUAAAAAACAGGUGAAAAUCUAUUAUGGAUUAAAUUAAUAAAUGUACUCAUAUCCGAGUAAUUAAUUGCAAGCUAUCAUGUAUGACUGUUUUUUUUUAUAUAUUAACUGAUGGCUUCUUAUUUUUGAAAGAUAGCUGUGUAGCCUGAAUUCUAUAUCCAGUUGCUGAGUUGGCUUGACCUUGUCUUUGCUCAGGUCACUGUUUUAGUUUUGCAAUGUGUUUUUUUUUCUUCUCUUCCUCUACUUAAAAAGAAAUUCUGAUCAAAAUAAGUUUUAACAUAUAUGUUGGCACAAGUAUAUCUCUUUAAUAAUAAUCUUUAUUAUCCAUGAGGAAAUUUGUUUUACAAUUGUGCAUUACAAACACUACAUGAUUAGAGCAAACAAUUUGUACUAAAGCAACACAAAAUCUACAUUUCAUAGCCCAAUGUCUCUUCAACAUUACAUCUUGAAUUAACAUCAGAAAGUUCAAUUCUAGAAUGAUUGUUGCAAUCACUAGAGUAAAUCUGUGGAGACUAUCUUUCAACCUUUACAAGUUAAUGUGUGAAACUAUAACUGUCUAAGUCAGAGCAAGAUAGUUCUCAAGUUUGACCAAACUCAUUAGUGGUUCGUGUAACAAUGUUAAUUUAUUUGUUUAAACUGCAGCUUGUAUUCCACAUCUUGUAUCUCUAGUUUAAAAUACUAAGUGUACAUUUUGUACACAAUUACAGGAUUAGAUUUUUCUGUGUAUAUUUAACAACAAAGUGCUGGGUUUUAAAAGUACUCUUUCAUCCUUGAUUCACACAGAUCUCAAGCUAAGUCCUACAUCAACCUGGUAUAUUAAACUUACCUUUUUUUUUUUCAGUGUUGGCCAUCUUUUUGUUAUAACAAUUGUUAUAUAUGGUAUAUAGGUCACAGUGGGGCUAUCAUAAUCAGAUAGAUCCUGUAAUCUUCCAUUACUUUUGAACAAGGCCAUAAUACCAUAUUUAAAUCAAAUAUAACAAUUCUUGACUGUCAACAGUAUUGUCCAUCUUGCUGUUAUUUCUUACUGCUAUUCUCUUUCCUCUAGCGUAUUAAAAACCCAGCUGGUUUAGUUAGACUGGUUUUCUCUGAAUGUGAUAUACUGUACAGCUAUUGGCACAAAGGAAGUGGUCAUACUAUUGUAUAUAUAUAUAACUUGUAUAUAUGUAGACUGAUGUACACUUGGCUGUAUGUACACUUGGCUGUACACUUUGGGAAUAUUGAUUUCAUAACUCUUUUUCUGCCCUACUGUAAACUUGAUUCCAUGCCUGGACUCAACACAAAAUAUAAUACACUGUUCACUUGGCCUAUACAACAUUUUGACUAGUAUGAUCAUGAAAUUAAAAAAAAAAUGUUUAUAAACAUCUGGUAUUUAUUUAAUAUUUUAUUCAUUUUUUUUUUCUCUCUUCUUAGGAUUUUAUUGUUUCAUUCUGAUUGCUUCUAAUGUAACAUCAAUGUGACUUUUUCAAUCUGCUUACUUUUAAUGUAAAGUCAAUAUGACUUUUUCAAUCUGUUUACUUGUAAUGUAAAGUCAAUGUGACAAAGAGUUUCCUUCAGCUGUGUCACAGUUAAGUAGUAAUCUUAAAAAGUCCCAGUCAACAAUGAGUUGACAAACUGCUGUUCUGUCCUGGUCUAUGCUUCACUGUUUAGUUUGUUCUCUGAUGAUGCCCUAAUGUUGUUCUAACACACUGUUAUUAAUAUUUCUUUUCCAAUAACGUCAGACAAGAAUAAAGUCCAUAACAACUUU